AUGCGUCUAAUUAGAAGCACCGAAGCCACAUUCAAUUUCACGGCCUUCCUUCGGUCUCCUCUUUCGUUUCCCGCUCCAUUGAUCGCGCUGGCGUGGUACGGGGCGGGCGGGGGCGCGAUGCAGGCGGGCGGGGGCUGGUUCGUGCCCUGGACUAUGGGGGUGCAGAAGUUCGCUGUGGCUUUGCCGAUGGGUGGAGUGGUUCCGUUAGUGCCCCCGCUGCUAGCUGCACUGCCGCCAGCGCCGCCGCCGCUAAGGCUGAUCGCCCCGCCGCCGCUGCAGCAUCAGGCGCAGCCGGGACGGAAGGACGAUCCUAUUCAAAAGGCACAAUAG